AUGAUUGUGCUUAUAACAGGCCGAGUGAGAGCAUCCCUAUCCAGCUGCUCUUCUGAUGCUCCUCUGCUGUCUGGAGGCUCCUUUUUCCUCUCCAUCUUCAAGAACGCCUCUGGUCAUUUCAACCUCCAUUACACUGUCAUAAUCCGUAACGUCACCUCUGCAUCCUCCGUCCCCGAUACAAUCACACUCGUUAAGAGCAGUACUGCCUGCAACAGCUCCGCCCCCACCCUCUUCUCUUUCCCCGUUGCCGCCGACGAAUGGGAGCUCGCCAACUCAACGGGCGGCCCCGCCAGGUGGGGUAUCUACACCACCGUUACUGUAGCUCGGCUCUUUGACGCCCUAGAGGAUAUCGAUGCUGCUACUAUCGAGGAUAUUCUGGCCGGAAUUCCCAAUGCUACUGUACCUGAGGAUUGGGCGAAUGGUGUGAGGGGAUGGAGCCAGGGGUAUGGUCCUGGGAAUGGUAACGGAAAUGGUAACGGAUUUGGUUAUGGGAGGAGGUUUGGUGUGAGUAAUGGCAGUGUGGGGAGGAGGCGGGGGAGGGGGUUGUGGGAGGCGGCAGACGCCUGGUUCAAGAGCUUGUUUGCGGUUAAGAGCGUGGAUGAGGGGAGUGAGGAGAGCAGGGAGGAGGAGAGGGAGGAGGGCACUAGUGAUGGUAACGAUGGGAGCGAUGACAACGAGAACAAUGAGGACAGUGAUGACCUGAGUGCCAAAGUCGGGAGUGACGACAGCAGCGGUGAUGACAACAGCAGCAGUGAUGACAACAGCAGCGGUGAUGACAACAGCAGUGGUGAUGACAACAGCAGCAGUGAUGACAACAGCAGCAGUGAUGACAACAGCAGCGGUGAUGACAACAGCAGCAGUGAUGACAACAGCAGCAGUGACGAUAGCAGUGACAAUAGCAACACUGAUUAUGACGAUGAUGGCAGCGAUGACAGUGCUGACAAUGAGUACAGCGAUGACAGCAGCAGCAGUGACUAUAGUGUUAAUGAUGGUAGUGAUGACAACGAGGACAAUGAGGACAGUGAUGAUCUCAGUGGCAACGAUGGGAGCGACGACAGCAGCAGCAGUGACGAAAACAGCAGCAGUGACGACAACAGCAGCAGUGACUAUAACGACCAGGACAGUGACAACAGCGGUGGCAGUAGCGGCAGUGAUUAUAACGAUGAUGGCAGUGACAACAACGACAGCAGCAGCAGCUUCAUACCAGUAAACCCACCGUAUACCGCUGCCCCUCCCACGUCACUGUCUCUCAUCGUUGCCAAUAGCGACACAGGCGAGCAGUGGAGUGGGCCUGUGCUUGGAGUGUUCCUCUACUAUGACAUCUAG